GGGAUUUUACUGGGUUUUGGGUUUUAUCGGACUGCUUGUGCAGGAUUUCAUCCCUGAACGACCUUGUUGUUCCUGCUGUGGACGGGAGGAUUUUCAGGGAAUGGAGAGGAGUGGGAUCGUUUUCCUCCACUCAGAUAAAACUGCAGCCUGAGCGUCUCUGUCGGACGGAGCGGGAUGUUCUGAUCGGCUCUCAGCGAUGGAAUCCAGUGGAUGACAGCAGCUGAAAACUCCCAGACGGAGGAAGAGGAGGAGGUCGCCUCCACAGCAUGGGCUGCGUCAAAUCCAAGCGGAGCGCCGCGGCCUCCCAGCACGCCAACUCCACGGAGAGGAAGCCCACGAGCGAGAAGGCCUACUUGAUGGGCGGGUCGGCGCCGGGCUCGGCGGACGGCUCGCCGCAGGUGAACGCGGCGCUGCUGGAGUACGCCCAGCGGCUGUCGGAGGACAUCGUGGCGCGGGCGGUGCAGCAGUGGCUGGAGGUGGACAGCCGCUACAGCGACAUCCCCUACAUCGAGUGCGACGUUCCGUGACGGGAACCUUUACGCCUGGCGGCAGACGAGUCGACGGGAAUCCGGUCUGACUGGACAGGAUUCAUCCUGAAACCUUCCUCCAAACGGACCGGAGCGCUCCGAUCCCGACUCUGUGACAAUGAGGUGGAAGAUUACCGAUGAACCCAGGAAUCCCGUCUGACCCUUGACCCUGGUUGGAAACUCUCCCUGGAGCUUCUUUCACUGCCACUACUUCGCCUUAACCUCCGCCCUCCGCCAUGCGGGCCUUCUGGGCCGCUGACGAUGCGUUCUCCGGAUUGGGAGCUUUGACAGGGACUGACUCAUCGGACGAACCGACGAGACGUUUCGGUUUCGGUUCGUCCGUUUUGGCUACGUUCACACAGCAGGCGAAUUCGCCCAAUUCCGAUCUUUCACCAGUUUGUUCGGAAAUAAAUCUGAUUAUUUCCAAAGCAUCUCAAUGCAUGUCGUAUUUUAUUCGACUUUUACGUCGUUGAGGUGAACGUGCCUCAUAAUUCUGCACCAGAAGAAGAAAGACGUAAAUCUGGACAUAAAGAAUGAAAAUUAUAAUCAUGAAUUGAUGAAAGAAGUUUGAGUCAGUUGGAAAACUUUAAAAAAUCAAAUUUCAUUAGAGUCGUUUAGAUUGAAUAAAAAAAAUUAAAACCACAUGAAGACAUUUUCUUCCUCAUUUCCUCCAGCAGUAACAUCCUGUUGCUGAUCCUGCGUGUUUCCAUUGCAGUAAAUAUACUAACUUUACUAAAACAUUUUGAAAAACGUUUUUUUUUCUAAAUUGGUGUGUUUCCGUUGAGUGAAUUUAUUUUUGUAAUUGUAAUUUGCAUAAUUUUAAGGCGAAUGGAGCCGCAGCUGGUGAGGAGCAUCCCAACCCACUUCGGUCCGAAUCCACCGGACAAACAAAUACGCAGGAAAACAAUCGGAUUUUAGCGAAAAAUCGGAACUGAGCCUGAAGACCUGCUGUGAGAACGUGAACUUUGUGCCGCCGUUGGUGAUAAACUUCCUCUGGUUGCUUCAGGAAACUCGGCAACCAAACCAACCAAAUACACACUGUGCAAAAGUCUGGAGUCAUCAGACUGAACCCGUCUGGCUUUAUUGAUGGUUUUUCAGUUUUUCUACCAUUUUUUGGUUAAAUCGAUGAAAAACACCAAAGAAAACAAAGUUUGACAAAAACAAAAGAGGAUUUUAGCUCCAACCAAAACCUGAAAACGAGUUUCAGGACUGGAACUAAAAACAUUUCAAUCCGGUCAGCAGCAAACGUUUUCCAGACUUUUUGAAACUCUCAAAGUUUUUCUUUGGGUUUUAUGAGCUUUUUAAAAAAACGUAUAAAUCUGAUGGUUAAAAAUGUUUAAAUUCACAUAAUGACUAAAAUCUGGCUUUAUUUUCUCUCAGUGGGAUGAAAAAAUAUCAAAAAUCUGAUAAACAGGCAGCAAAAUACAAAACUCAGAUCUGCAGCAGAGGAUCGACAGUCUUCAGGAGAAAUAAAAAAUAUGACAAAAUGGCUGGGAAGAGCCAUUUAUGUCAAAUAUUUCCACAUAUUUAAAUGAGUAUUUGCUGAAUGAAGUAACUUUAUGAAUAAGUGGAUGUUUAUUCUUGUUGUUUACGUCACAGCGGCCAUGUUGGAUUUUAAAUUCCCUACUUUGAAAUUAGAAAUAUGGAUUUCUAACUUCAAAGAAGUUGAAAUCAAAUAAUCAGAGACAAUUUGUUUAUGGAAAAAAUGAAUAAUUCUCCAUUAGGAAAACGGUUUAAUUUUGGGAUUUUUUAUGGAUUUAUUUGAAGAAACAGGAAGAAGUUUAUUCCUUUCACGUCUAAUUGGGUCAUCAGAGGUCAGGAGCUUCAACAAGCAAAAAACAGGAAAAAAUCUGAUCAAAAAAAACAAAAAACUCCUAAAGUCAAAGAAAAACAUCCAGAAAGCCUGGAAGCAAAAUAUAAAGAAAUUCAGAUAAAUGAUUAAAAUUCAGGUCUGGUUAAAUUUGUCGCCCAGUUUGGGUCAAAGUCAGAUCGGGUUUCCGUCGGUGUUCAUCCAGAUUGAGACCUCAGAGGUAAAAUCUGUGAAACAUUUAUGCCUUCAUGGUCAUAAAGACCUUAAAAUGAACCAAAAGGGCCUCAGAAAAUAGUUUAAAUGUCUUCUGGUCCUGAAUCUGUUCUGUGUGGCGUUAAAGUUUAAAACUGUUUAAAACAAAUCAGCUUUAUUUGGUGAUGGUUUCUCUCCUCUCGUCCGACCGCCGUCUCUCUGGAGUUUUAAAGAUCAAUAAUCUUUAUUAAAACUUCAGUCUUCCAUCAGAAGCUUUAGGAAAAUGUUUUUCCUGUUCAGAUCCAAACUGAGUUAUUUAAAGUGGAGCAGGAGAAACUGGCCUGAGACCAGCGGAGCUCCAGACCUCACAGGGAAAUGAUCCGCAAAUCCAAACGACUCAAAGCUGCAGGACAAAAAACCCGUCGACCUCAAAACGGACAGAAACCAGAUUUUUAAUCCACAACCUUUAAUGAAAGGUCAUUUAUGUUCUGUUUUGGAAAACUUGAUAACUUUUUGUUGCCAAGAAAAGAGAAAAUCCUCUUCAGGAAUCAGGAAUCAGCUCUGUAGUAAAUAUUUCUGCAGAAAACACUAAAUCAGCAGUUUUAGAGCAGCGGUGUCCAAAGUGUGGCGCAGGGGCCUUUUAGAGGCCGGGGGAGGAUUCUGUUUGGACUCAGCUGCUUCGUUUCUGUAUGUAGUAAAAUCACAUAUAUGAGACUAAACUGUUUUAUUUCAUACCUCAUCUUUGUUCCAAGAGAAAAAUAUAGAAGAUAAUUUGUAAUCAAAUCAUAAUUUGCAUUUCAGAAAAAAAACCUGCACAGGUGAGAUUCAGCCAGAGUCUGGCGAGGGAUGAAUUCAGGAACAAACAUAAACAAGUGAAAUAAUUUUAACUGUUGAGAAGAAAAAUUAUGGAGCCAUAAGAAGAAAAAAAGCCAUUUGAGUUUCCUGAUGUUUUGUUUGCAGCAGCAAUAAUUUGUUCCAAAAGAGAAAAACAAACAUUAAAUUUUCAGUUAUUUUCUUUAUUUUAUUCAUUCAUAAAUGUCAGUUUCAGCUUAGAGUGAAAUAUUUUGCUUGGAGCUAAAUAUUUAGUUAGCAACAUUUAGCUUGCAAACGGCAUAUUUACAGUUGCUUAGAGUAACUAAACAUUUAAUUAACUAAAUUUGUAGUUAAUGUCUUGGAAACUAAAUAUUUAGCUCACCAUCUACUAUUGAAAGAACUAAAUAUUUAGUUUCCUAACUAAAACAUUUCUUUGGACAGAUAUUUGAUGGCUCCAAAUGAGUAAAGUUUUAAACUUAACUAUUUAGUUUGACUAAACUCACAUUUCUAAAUGAAUUACUAACAUGGUGAAAAUACGACUUUGAAAAAUUAAACCUAUUUGUUCUGACUGAAUAAAAUUAUUGCUGUUAAUUUUUGACUGUAACUUUACAAACUGAACAUUUCCAGAGUUUUAGUUUUGUAGUUUCUGCUCACCUUUAGUUUCCGACCUGCAGAACUAAACCUGUGGAGGUUUUUGUUUUGGAAAUGCAUCUUAAAGGGCCAGUUCCACAAACCUGUCUAAAGAUUAUGUAAUUUCAUAAAAUUUUAGUUUUGGUUUGACUAUAAAGCUUUCCCACUAAUUACAAUAUUUACUGUUUUAAAGGUAAAUAAAGCCGGAUGUUGAGACGG